AUGGGUCCCCGAGCAUUAGCGCUUUUCCAUGUUCAAGGCUUACCCAAUGGCAAGAACAAGGCCCAGGCAAUAAACAGCUACGCCCUGCCAGUGAUCAGAUACCCAGCAGGAAUCACGCACUGGCCAAAGGAGAUACAAAAGCUCCUGACCAUACAUGGAGGGUUUACAUUACUGGACACACUACGCUCAUCACUGAGCCAAAACACUCAAGAUGAGAUCAACAAAAACAUCUUUCUCUUCCUCCAAGCAGGACCGAGGCCCAUCAGGUGUUAUGAGGGAGGAAGCUUCUAUAGCUUUUUGAAAAACACUUUCCUCAACUUUGGCUUUCCAAAUCUGUCUAUGUUCUUGUCUUUGCUGCCUAAGGAACAUGAGGCAGAGCUUCUAAAUACAAUCACCCCAUCAGAGCUUAGUCAGUUCCUCAGUCAACCUAAUGUGAUCGGAGAUGCUGAAAUCUGUGAAAUCUAUAGUAAUUACAAGAAGACAUCAGAGUUCCUGGAAAAUCAAGAUGUGCCUGAUGAUGUGAAGUUGAAGACUCUUCCUUGCAUUUGGCCCUUGGCUCUGAGCAGCAAGAGCAGGUCAGACGCUCGCUUGUGGUUUGACUUACGUCUAAAGAACUACUUACCAUUCCUCAAAAAGAACCUUAUCAGCUCCACUCAGUUGAAGAAUGCAUCUUGUUUCGGUUUCCAAAAAUUCAUCUCUGUAAUGGGAAACAACUUCACCUACAACAGCACUGAGUUUGUAAAAGAAGAUGUCUACAACAGUAUGAGGAUCUAUUUGAUCCCUGGCCUGCUCAAAGAAUUCUGCAGUGGAGCAGUAGAUCCAGAGGUAAAUGCAGCGCUGGUCUCCAACUUCAAAAGCUUCACUGUGAAGAUAUUCACAACCUUGGGCCAAGCCAGUGGAGGCCUGAGCCCCACCCAGAUCUUCUCUGUUCCAGCUGCUGUGCUUGUAGCCUCCCUCAACACUCUAGGCUCGGUCAACACCUGGAAUCAAGAGCAGGCUAUGACGAUUAUUCGAACUAUGUCAGCAUCAGGCUACAAGAUCAACACAGGUUCAUCUCUGAGUUCACUGGGCACCCUUGUCCUUGGUGUUUCCUCUGAAACAAUAAUAAACAUUCCCUCAUCUGAGCUUCUCAGCAUCUCCAGAGACGCUACAUUUGUCAGCAAUAUGCUACGAGCUCCACCAGUUGUCCAGGGCGCCUUUGUUCAAAAGAUCAUAACAGUGGAUCAGACUCCAGCUGUUGUGGUGCAGAAUGUGCCUGAUGAAUUAGCAACUCAGAUCCCAAUGACCACUCUGUUGUUGACAUCUGAAACUCUGGACGUCAACCUAGUAAACAACAAAACAUGGACUCAAGAACAGGCGGCAAUGUUUUUUGAACAAGUGUCCACAUCAGAUUUUGACACAGAAAAGCUUUCUCCCUCCGUUCUGCGAGGCUUCACAUGCACAACGGUUCGUAAAGCAACUGAAACUAAAAUCAAGAAGCUUGUCCGUGCAUGUAGGCGAAGAAACGGUCGGUCUAAAGUUGUACUAACAGAGCCUCAGUUGACCUGCAUGUACAACCAUCUUAAAGGAAAUCUCACCCAAGACUUCACAGAAUAUCCAUCAGACCUGCUCCUUUAUUUUAAUGCCGAUGAUGUUGAGAGAACCAACUGCAGGUCAUACUUUUCAGCUAUUGGUGAAGCUGAUUUUAGUGUCCCCUCCAGCAUUUUGAACAAACCACAGCAGAUAUUCAGUGACGCUCGGAAAUGCUUGGGAAUACGUGGUACUUCCCUGAGCAAAGACAACGUUAUGGUUCUUGGGAACUUGACCUGUAUGCUAGACAGUUCUUACAUCCAGAACUCUGACCCGUACAUCCUGGAAACACUCAAAUCAUGUAAGGACUUCUCUGAGAGCCAAGUGGCUGCAAUCGAGACCCUGCUGCUGUCUGGAAAAACACCUUAUGGAAUUGUAACCACAUGGGAUGAAGAAACAUUGCAAAACCUGGCACCUCUACCUCUGUAUUUCACAAGAAAUAUCUGGGGAAACUUCAAACCUAAAACAAAGAAAAGGUUUUUGAAGAGCUUUAUGCCCAGACUGAGGAAAUCUAAGACGGAGAAGAAAAAACUUAAAGCACUUUUCAAAGAAGUCAGUGCACACAGAGUGACACGAGGAGCAGGGUGCACCGUGGGUAACAUCACUGCGGUGACCGUUCAAGACCCCGCCUUCCCGUUCGACUAUGAUCUAACCCAGUUUGAUCUGUGUUUGGACAUUCCUGUCCUGAAAGAUAACCUGAACUCCAUUUGUGAAAAGGUUGAUGACGAUGGCUUCCAAAAGAUCAUACUAAGAAAACUUAAUGAGGCCUACCCUGCUGGUGUUUCUGAUGAGAAUGUCCAACUGCUGGGCUCAGUCUCACGCACUGCCACUCUCGACGACAUCUCCAAGUGGAACAUCACCACAAUAGACACACUGUCCUCUCUCAUGAGGACUGAGGAUGGGCCAUGGGAAGCAGCAAAGAGCAGAGCUGUUAUCACCAAGUACCUGAAUACAUCAGGGAAUACUCUGGGCCCCUCUGAACUGAAUGCUAUUGACUCUAACCUGUGUGCAUUAGACACCACUACACUGAAAACCAUCACUCCAGAAAAUCUCGGGAAAGCCAAGUCCCUGAAUGUGACGUCCUGUUCACCUGAGCAGAAGAAAGUCUUGUAUGAGAUCAGUAACAUUUCCUUCAGCUCAUAUCGUGAUAAUUCAACCUCCUAUUUCAACCUAAUAAAGAACUAUCUAGGUGGAGCCCCUCUGGCAGACAUCCAGGCACUGUCCACCCAAAACAUCAAUAUGGACAUCAGCACUUUCCAGAGUCUCGACCCGAAUGUUAUUAAUAAACUGACUGUCAGUGAAGUGCAAGGCCUCCUGGGAAGCAAUGUGGCAGACCUGAAGACCUUUGAGAAUGCCCCUGUGAUAGAGGCCUGGAUCAACCUGCAGAGACAGGCUGAUCUGGAUACACUUGGUUUAGGCCUUACAACGACCAGAGUUGACCCCACCAGUCCAACACCAGUCACAAACUCUACCGUGACCAACACAUCGUCAAACACCCCUGCCACUAACACGUCCUCAAUUACCCCUGCUGCCAACACGUCAUUGAACACUCCUGCUGCCAACACGACGUCAAUUACCCCUGCCACCAACACGUCAUCGAAUACCCCUGUCCCUGCCACCAACACGUCAUCGAAUACUCCUGUCCCUGUCCCUGCCACCAACACACGUCAUCGAAUACCCUGUCCCUGCCACCAACACGUCAUCGAAUACCCCUGUCCCUGCCACCAACACGUCAUCGAAUACUCCUGUCCCUGCCACCAACACGUCAUCGAAUACCCCUGUCCCUGCCACCAACACGUCAUCGAAUACCCCUGUCCCUGCCACCAACACGUCAUCGAAUACCCCUGUCCCUGCCACCAACACGUCAUCGAAUACUCCUGUCCCUGCCACCAACACGUCAUCGAAUACCCCUGUCCCUGCCACCAACACGUCAUCGAAUACUCCUGUCCCUGCCACCAACACGUCAUCGAAUACUCCUGUCCCUGCCACCAACACGUCAUCGAAUACUCCUGCCACCAACACGUCAUCGAAUACCCCUGUCCCUGCCACCAACACGUCAUCGAAUACUCCUGUCCCUGCCACCAACACGUCAUCGAAUACCCCUGUCCCUGCCACCAACACGUCAUCGAAUACUCCUGUCCCUGCCACCAACACGUCAUCGAAUACUCCUGCCACCAACACGUCAUCGAAUACUCCUGCCACCAACACACUCCUGUCCCUGCCACCAACACGUCAUCGAAUACUCCUGCCACCAACACGUCAUCGAAUACUCCUGUCCCUGCCACCAACACGUCAUCGAAUACCCCUGUCCCUGCCACCAACACGUCAUCGAAUACUCCUGCCACCAACACGUCAUCGAAUACCCCUGUCCCUGCCACCAACACGUCAUCGAAUACCCCUGUCCCUGCCACCAACACGUCAUCGAAUACCCCUGUCCCUGCCACCAACACGUCAUCGAAUACCCCUGUCCCUGCCGCCAACACGUCAUCAAUUACCCCUGCCGCUAAUACGUCAUCGAACACUCCUGCCACCAACUCCUCUGCCGCCUCUACUCCAGCACCAGGGAGCUCUGCUACAAGUAACCAAGCAACUACAACCACAACAAAUCCAACCGCAACAGUAAGUAAUCAGGUGACUACAACCACAACAAGGCCCACAACUACAGCAGCUAACAACACUGCAAGUGGAGGACUGCCCUCAUCCCUCUUCAUGGUUGUCCUGCUGAUCAGUUUACUUCAGCUACAUAUUGUUUAACUGUCUUUUCUAGCUUGUUUUACACAUUUAUGUUUUUCUUUGUUUCCUGUUUUAGCUUUGAUGUAAUUAUUUUAUUGUUAUCUAUAUAAUUAUCAUAGUGUCUAAUUAAUGUAUUUUUUUCAUUUUUUUUUUUAAUUUUGAUUUGAUUUUGAUUGAUGAUUGAAAAUUACCAUCAUAGGGAAAACAAAGCUAAUGAACAGAAAAAUAUCUAUAAUAACAUACAAUUCAUCUACAACACUAAGAGAAUAAAAUUAUUUACAUACUUUAAAAUACAAAAAUCGUUUUACACUUAUGUACUGAAUUAAUCAAUGAAUCACACAACAAAU